GACGAUCAAUAACUUACUGGAUGGCACCGAUUUGCUGCAGCGGCGCAACUGGAUUUGUACAGUGGUAAGAUGGUUCGGCAGGUUGUUGUCACGACCCUUUCGAGCACCUGCAAUGUUUGCAGUAGCGAUGUUUCCAAGUCACAUCUCCGCAAGUACGGAGUUUUUCCAAGUUCUGCCAACGACACCCGUGACUAGGACGUUCUCGACGAAGUUGCUAAACCUCUCACGCCACCUCUGUACUCUAAGACCCCGAGCUCCUGCGACCCCCGACCCUCGCCUCGAUGUCUCCUCUUUGCACCCGUCUCGUCCUAGCACCUGCUCCUGUUGGCUGAUCCCUGCACUGCGCUCCCUACUACAUCGUAUCUCUCGUGGAAUCUUAAUGGGCGUCCUUUUUAUUAUCCAGACUUUUUCCUUUACCCAGCCAGUUUCGACCGAUGCUGAUAUUUCACACCGAGUUUCUAAAUUCUACUGCUCCAAUUUCGGGUGUUCCAUUGGGCUCUCAGGUGGUCGCGAUAGGUCCGCCCUCGACCUCUCCAGUCAAUCACCAGCGAUAACUUCUGGUGCACGUGACAUUCGCAUCAUACUACUUGUGCUCGGAAACCGCUCCCAACAUACAUUAGUAUGAACAUUUUCUUACCUUCUACAUGGUGGCCACGGAGUCUGCUAACUGACGCAGAAAAUUAUGUCGUCGGCGCUAGACAGAAUAUGGGUAGAAAUUUCUCCCAAAGGCCAAGCGCCGCUAUGAACACAACUCUGCCGUCAGCUAGCCUGGGUUCGCCUACUAAUCGACCCCUAGUAACUGACAUUUACAUGUCCUGGAGCGGUCAACUAUAAAACCUCAUAGCACAACAGGAUGAUAUAUUUUUACUGAUUAUGCACGUUGCGAAUGCCAGCGUCAUGACUGAACC